AUGCAGUCCAUGCAGUCCCCGUACGGUGGGUACUGGCCUUCGGGGGACGUGAGCGGGUACGGCGCCAUGUCCACCGGGAUUUCCACGUUCGGAGGAGGCUACGGCGCGAGCGACUCCGGCGUGCGCGACACGGCUUCGACUACCUCCAGCAUCAACAUCAACAAGGCGAACCACAACCACAGCAUCCACCACUACCUCGCUUCGCCGGGGGGAAGCGUGGCCGGGCCCCCGUCGGGGCAGAGGGCGGUCGGCGACCAGUACGGCGGCGCGAGGCAGCACCAGCAGCCGCAGCACCAGCAGCUGCAGCACCAGCAGCUGCAGCACCAGCAGCUUCAGCACCAGCAGCAGGAACAUCAGGCGGCGUACGAUGGCCGGGACUACGGCGGCGGGGUCCGUUCCGGGAGCAUCGUGAGCAUGGGGGGGGGCGCGGGCUUCGGGUCGGGGGGGGACCCCCAGCGCGAGACCGAGCUGUCGGUGGCGAUGGAGAACCUCACCCUCGAGGAGAUCGACGGCAACGUUUUCCGGAUGAGCAAGGACCAGGUUUCCGUGCUUCUCCAGCUCAAGCUCGACCAGGGCGACCCCGUGUUCGUGUCCAAGAUCUGCGGCGAGGCCCAGCCCUACCUGUCGGAGAUGAUGAAGGACCCCUUCGGGAACUACCUUUUCCAGAAGAUCGCGGACAAGGUGGACGAGGACGGCCGGACCGAUCUCGUCAAUCAGGUUGCCGGCCAGAUGGUGGAGGCGGGGAUGAACCUCCACGGCACCCGGUCGGUGCAGAAGAUCAUCGAGGUCUGCAGGGGCACCCCCUCCCAGGUGGCCGUGGUGGUGAGCGCCCUCAAGGACGCCACGGUGCCCCUCUGCCUCGACACCAACGGCAACCACGUGGUGCAGCGCCUCCUGCAGCACCUGGCCCCAACUGACAACGCCUUCGUCUUCGAGAUGCUGGCCGAGGCCUGCGUCCCGGUGGCCACCCACCGCCACGGGUGCUGCGUGAUCCAGAGGGCCAUCGAUGCGGCCACCGUCGAGCAGUCGAGGCUCCUCGUCUCCCAAGUGUCGAAGCACGCGCUCCAGCUCAUGCAGGACCCGUACGGCAACUAUGUGGUCCAGUACGUCCUGGGAAUCUGCUCCCACGACGAGGCUGUCGCCCUUGUCAACGUCCCACUCGGAAAGGUGGGGAAUGAAAAGAUGGUGGCGAUGCUCUCGAUGCAGAAGUUCUCGUCUAACGUGAUCGAGAAGUGCAUGGACAGGGCUUCGGAGGAGAUUAUCGUCAAGUACGUGCACGAGCUAGCCGACCCCGCCGCCAUGCGCCCCCUCCUGCAGGACCAGUACGCGAACUACGUGAUCCAGAAGACGCUGCAGCUGGCACCCAGGGACGCGGCGCUCACCUUGGUUGAGAGCAUCCGCGAGCACCUGGUCCUUAUGCGCAACUCCUCCGGGGGAAGGCGGAUGCUCACCAGGAUCUCCAAGCGGUUCCCGAGCAUUGUUGGCGUUUCGCCCGAUCGCUAG